AUGUCUUUCUUCGGCUUCGACACCAACCUGCCGAGAGAUCGCCAGGCUGGUCAGCAGUCUAGAGGCAUAUUCGAAAAUCCAGAUCCGUUUGCUGAAGUCGCUCGCGCUCAAGCCCAGGGCUUGACUAUUGACGAUGAUGAAAUUGAUUUCGAAGAUACGUACGAUGGCCUCGGCGACCAGCUUGACGACGACCAGGAUGCGUUCAACGACGAUACCUUUGGAGGUGGAGAAGGCGUUGGGAAGGACUUUGAUUUCUUCGGUAGCACUGCCCAGAUCUCUGAUGUGAUCAAUGAGGAACAAGUUCGUUACAAUCUGCAGCACUCCAAAAAGUCGGCGCCAUUGGCCACCAAGGAAGCUCCUGUACCUGCUCCUACCUCUGGACAGGCGCCGUCAAUCCCUCGCCUGCCGAAGAAGACUGGUUACGAAAGAUAUCAGGAUCCUGGCUUCAUUCCAGAGAUUACAGCCAAGUCAAGUGUCUGGGGAACGACGACCCAAACUACAAAACCUGCCGAGCAUGCACCGCAGCCAGCUGCGGCCGCACCUUCGCGCAAGAUGAUGAGUUUGGAGGAAGUUGAAGCUCAACUGCGACAACAACCCCAGCAUUUCCCGCAACCCCAGCAGCCAAUGCCGUACCAUGAGUUGCCUCAGGCAAUGCCGCGCGGCCCUCAAAUGCCAUUUUUGCCAGAGGCCGAGUUGAUUGCUAUUGAACAGCAGGCUUUAGCUAUGGGAAUUCCUCCAGCACAGCUUCUACAGCGAUUACAGCAGAUGCCACCUCCUGGUUUUAUGCCGGGACCGCCGGGACCCCCUGCUCCAUUACCAAGACAACCCCCAGUGCAGCCUCAGCCUCCGCCUCAGCCUCAACCCCAGCAGCAACCUCAACCGCCACGUCAGCCAGCUGCACCCGCUCAACGACUGCCUCAACAGCCGCCAACCGGUGCUCCUGGUCUCCCAGUCAUUACCGAUCCUCAGCAAUUGAUGAACCUCACAGAGGACCAGCGUGUUGCUUACUUGAUGGAAGAUGCCAAGCGUGCUAAACGUAACCACAAGAUAUUCAUCCUUUCUCGCGGCAACGGGUUGAUGACACCACAAGAUAAGAACUUCAUCACCCGAAUCCAGCUCCAACAGCUUGUUGCCGCUACCGGAAAUGUGGCAGAAGCAGAUACAGAGUCUCUCCUGUCCGAAGACUUUUAUUACCAAGUGUUUAGCCAGAUCCGUGGUGCCCCGCGUCAACAUCCUCGUCAACCGUUGGGCCAUUUUGCUCAAACAUACCUUUUCCAGACGGGAAACCGCAGUGGUGGUCAUGGUCGACGACAGUAUCAAAACGCGGAUAAUCAUAUGCAACGUAUGCAACAGCAAGUGCAGCGUGCCGUUGAGGCAGCCAAGGCGAAACCUAAAAACCAACAACUCAUUAUUGAAGGUAGUUUGGGAAAAAUCUCGUUCAGCAAUGCCAAGGCUCCGAAAACUUCAUUAAACAUUAAGAGGCCCGAAGGAGCGGACUUGAAGCCGAAGCGAGCGACUGCGGACCUCAGUGCUAGUGAUCGGAAAUCAGUGCUGAGCAAUAUCGAAAAUGUCUACACUAUAUUAAUGAAAAUGGAAGAUCUAGAACGGACAAUGCCACCACCACCGGAUGAGAAUGAUCCGAACUCGGUUGAACAUCAUAUGGAAUGGAGGCAGAAGAUGCAAACACUGAACUCGAAGCUGUGGCAAAGUAUGAAGGUCCUCGAACCUAUCGUCCCCGGCUCAACUGUGGCGCAUCCCUUCAUUGCUUUCCUGUCUUAUCCCAAGGGCAAGAAGGCUAUUCCUCGCCUUUUCCGUCAAAUCGAUCAGGAACAGCGGGUUACUGUUUUGACCAUGAUUGUCGUCAAUCUAGACACUCUUGAUGUCGUUCGUAAGGGUCUCCUUAAUCCAGGCGAAACCCAACUCCCAGCGGCAUCUCGUGAAGAUAUCGAAUUAUUUUCUCAGGCUGUAAUGCCAAGUCUACUUGGUUAUGUCAACGAGGCAUCUUUUAACAUCAUCAUUGGUCUCCUCGGCGUUCUACUCGCCCAGACACAUGUUCAAUUCGUUGCUCGAACACGGGUUGGACUAGGAAUCAUGACUAUGCUGCUCAGCCGUGCAGCCAUUAUCAAAGAAGCCGGUCAAGCCGACGAACACGAAUGGCAGCAGUGGAUAGAAAAGUUCAAUCAGUUGUUCGAUGCUCUGGAGCCUGGUUUGGCUGACAUAUUCCCUGGAUCUAUCAACACCGGCGAUGAUAUGUACGUCUGGCAAUUCCUAGCAGCCAUUGGUAUUGGAGCUAGCCAAGAACAACAGCAGCGGCUAGUCAUUGCUGUCAAGGAUCGCGUUAUGGAGACCGUUGCCCAGAGCAAGACUCUUCCACCUGACAUGGCAAGCCAGCGUCUCAACAACGUCAACCUAUUCAUGCGCGCCAUCGGGCUCGACGUUGAGCUACUCGGUUAG